AUGAAAUUCUCCACCAUCGUCUCCUUGGCCUUUAUCGCCAUCCUGUCCACCGUGGUCACAAUCUCUUCCGCCGCUCCUGCCGUCGAAGCCGCCAACAACAAGCCCAAGCCUCCCAAGUGCGAGACAAUCUGCACCGGAGAGUAUGACCCAAGGUGCAUGAAGCUAGAAUGCGGCAGGUACCAGACCUUUGGCAACCAGUGCGCCUACGAAGCUUACGUCUGUAAGCAUCCCAAGGAGAAAGUCAAGCUCAUCUCCAAGACCGCCUGUCCAGAACAGCCUACAACGGCCCCCCCUUCAACCUGUGAAAAGGUCUGCAUCAAGAUGUACCACCCUGUCUGUGCAAAGUUCCAUGAUGGCAGGACCAAAACCUUUGGCAACCAGUGCGAGCUGGAUAACGCCAUGUGCGAACGUCCCAAGGAAAACGUCAAGGUGACCAAGGGCAGAUGUCCUAAGUCAUAG